GUUAAAUCUCCCUGAGAAAAUCAUAGUCAAAGUUUGAAUUUCAAAUCAAGUACAAGCACUCGAUCCAAUUGAUUCUCGUAGUCUUUUCUUGUGAAUUUUAAAUAUAUAAAUCAUGCUUCGUUUCGUGCUUUUCUCUUUGGUUUCGUUCAUUGUCAUCAUGAGCUGCAUGGGACAGACCUUCCAAUAUUCCCGUGGUUGGACAAAUGGCAAAAGGUCAUCAUCUCAUCUCCAUGAAGACCCAGCAAUUGCUGAAGUAUUCGAAAUUCCAUCAGAAUCCGAACGCAGACUAGAAAAAUGUAUUAUUCAAUUACAACGUUUGAUCCAUAAUCCAUACUUGGUGCGUCCAUCAUACGGCCCAACAAGUAACGUAAAUGGUGGCAGCGGUGUUAAUGUUCAUCAUCAAUCAAAUGAAAAUUUCGAAGAUAUGGCAGCUUCCGAAACUGGUGAGUUCUCUACCAAGCAUAAUUGAAGGAUUAAUUGUACAAGCGCUUCCAACAACAACAACAACUCUACUAAUCAUCAAGACAACACUACUGCAACUACUUACGCUACCACAAAACACCAUUAAUCUCAUAAAUA